GAUGAUGGCUCUAUUGCCGAUGGUCUUGUAGCUAAGUGGUUCCGUGGCCGGAUCUGGGUCUGCUUUUGCCAGGGUCUGGGCUCGGCCCGCCCCUCGGGUGAGACGACGGUGACGCUGACUCUCCUCGCCGCCAUGCACGACGCCUUCGAGCCUGUGCCUAUUCUAGAAAAGCUGCCUCUGCAGAUCGACUGUCUUGCUGCCUGGGAGGAGUGGCUUCUUGUGGGAACCAAGCAAGGACAUCUUCUUCUCUAUAGGAUUCGAAAGGAUGUUGGUUGCAACAGGUUUGAAGUGACACUAGAGAAAUCCAAUAAGAAUUUCUCCAAAAAGAUCCAGCAGAUCCAUGUGGUUUCCCAGUUUAAGAUUCUGGUCAGCCUAUUAGAAAAUAACAUUUAUGUCCAUGACCUAUUGACAUUUCAACAAAUCACUACGGUGUCAAAAGCAAAGGGGGCAUCCCUGUUCACCUGUGACCUCCAGCACACAGAGACUGGUGAGGAGGUGUUACGGAUGUGUGUGGCAGUGAAAAAGAAGCUGCAACUCUAUUUUUGGAAGGACAGAGAAUUUCAUGAAUUGCAGGGGGACUUUAGUGUACCAGAUGUGCCCAAGUCCAUGGCAUGGUGUGGAAAUUCUAUCUGUGUGGGUUUCAAGAGAGACUACUACCUAAUACGGGUGGAUGGAAGGGGGUCCAUCAAAGAACUCUUUCCAACAGGAAAACAGCUGGAGCCCUUAGUUGCACCUGUGGCAGAUGGAAAAGUAGCCGUGGGUCAAGAUGAUCUCACCGUGGUGCUGGAUGAGGAGGGGAUUUGCACCCAGAAAUGUGCCCUGAACUGGACAGACAUACCAGUUGCCAUGGAGCACCAGCCUCCCUACAUCAUUGCAGUGUUGCCUCGAUAUGUAGAGAUCCGAACACUUGAGCCAAGGCUUCUGGUACAGAGCACUGAAUUGCAGAAGCCCCGUUUCAUUACUUCGGGAGGAUCAAACAUCAUCUAUGUGGCCAGCAAUCAUUUUGUUUGGAGACUCAUUCCUGUCCCCAUGGCAACCCAAAUCCAACAGCUUCUCCAGGACAAGCAGUUUGAAUUGGCUCUGCAGCUGGCAGAAAUGAAAGAUGAUUCUGACAGUGAAAAGCAGCAACAGAUCCAUCACAUCAAGAACUUAUAUGCCUUCAACCUCUUCUGUCAGAAGCGCUUUGAUGAGUCCAUGGAGGUGUUUGCUAAGCUUGGAACAGAUCCCACCCAUGUGAUGGGCCUGUACCCAGACCUUCUGCCCACCGACUACAGGAAGCAGCUGCAGUAUCCUAACCCAUUGCCCAUGCUCUCUGGGGCUGAACUGGAGAAGGCUCACUUAGCUCUGAUUGACUACCUGACACAGAAGCGAAGCCAGCUGGUAAAGAAGCUGAAUGGCUCUGAUCACCAGUCUAGCACCUCCCCACUCAUGGAAGGGACUCCCACCAUCAAGUCCAAGAGGAAGCUGUUGCAGAUCAUUGACACCACCCUCCUCAAGUGCUACCUCCACACAAACGUGGCCCUGGUGGCCCCCUUGCUGCGCCUAGAGAACAAUCACUGUCACAUUGAAGAGAGCGAGCAUGUGCUGAAGAAGGCGCACAAGUACAGUGAACUGAUCAUCCUGUACGAGAAGAAGGGCCUUCACGAGAAAGCUCUGCAGGUGCUGGUGGACCAGUCCAAGAAAGCCAACUCCCCUCUGAAAGGCCACGAGAGGACAGUGCAGUACCUUCAACAUCUGGGCACAGAAAACCUGCAUUUGAUUUUUUCCUACUCAGUGUGGGUGCUGAGAGACUUCCCAGAAGAUGGCCUGAAGAUAUUUACUGAAGAUCUCCCAGAGGUGGAGUCUCUGCCGCGGGAUCAAGUGCUCGGCUUCUUAACAGAGAAUUUUAAAGGCCUGGCGAUUCCUUAUCUGGAACACGUCAUCCACGUUUGGGAGGAGACAGGCUCUCGGUUCCACAACUGCUUGAUCCAGCUGUACUGUGAGAAGGUGCAAGCUCUGAUGAAGGAGUAUCUCCUGUCCUUCCCCACAGGCAAAACUCCCGUCCCUGCUGGAGAGGAAGAGGGAGAGCUGGGAGAAUACAGGCAGAAGCUGCUCAUGUUCUUGGAAAUUUCCUGCUACUAUGAUCCAGGCCGGCUCAUUUGUGAUUUUCCUUUUGAUGGCCUCUUAGAAGAGCGAGCUCUCCUCUUGGGACGCAUGGGGAAACAUGAACAAGCCCUCUUCAUCUAUGUCCAUGUCUUGAAGGAUACCAGGAUGGCUGAGGAGUACUGCCACAAGCACUAUGACCCAAACAAAGAUGGCAACAAAGAUGUGUAUCUGUCCUUGCUGCGGAUGUACCUGUCACCCCCCAGCGCUCACUGCCUGGGGCCAAUCAAGCUGGAGCUGCUGGAGCCACAAGCCAACCUCCAGGCCGCCUUGCAGGUCCUUGAGUUGCACUACAGCAAACUGGAUACCACCAAGGCCCUCAACCUUCUACCAGCAAACACUCAGAUUAAUGAUAUACGCAUCUUUCUGGAAAAGGUCUUAGAAGAAAAUGCACAAAAGAAGCGGUUCAAUCAAGUACUCAAGAACCUUCUCCAUGCUGAGUUCCUGAGGGUCCAGGAAGAGCGGAUUUUACAUCAGCAGGUGAAGUGCAUCAUCACAGAGGAGAAGGUGUGCAUGGUGUGUAAGAAGAAGAUAGGGAACAGCGCAUUUGCAAGAUACCCCAAUGGAGUGGUCGUGCAUUACUUCUGUUCUAAAGAAGUGAAUCCGGCUGACACCUGAGCCCAGCAUGUUAAGGAUCACAGAUGGACAGCUCACCCUCCCAGAGGAUGAAGGAGUGCCCGGCCUCAGGGAUCGGGGGCUGCCACCCUCGGGUGUCUCAUUUGCACACUACGGGACACCUUGCACCCUGGAGCAUCUCUGAAUUUAUCAGACUUGUGGUCAGGCAUUGCCAGCUUUUUAAUAGACAAAGGGAUUCGUUACACUUUAUACCAUUAUGUUGCGGGCAAUUCCAGAUAAUUUAUUUACUACUCACUUGGACAGGAGAAGGUGGGGGAAGUGUACUAUCUUGCCUUUGCAUCCCGAUCACCUGAAUAAGAAAACUUCUCAAGUGUUUGUAACCAAGGAUAGUUUAUGUAGUUUUUCUACUAAGUGCAUGCCUUCACAAGGGCCCCUCAGCAUGGCUGACUGGAGAGUCCUUUGAGAGAACAGCACU